AGAAACCCGCUAUGAUCGCUGGAGGAAGAGUAUUCUAUUGGCCUGGUUUACAAAAGUGCAGCAGAAUCUCACUCAACGUCAUGACAAUAAUGAUCCCCACACCUGACGUAUACACUGCCCAGGGCGUCCUCAUCUCUGUGACGGGCAUUACUCAGGUGAAAAUUAGCACGCAGAGCAAAGAGCUCCUUGAACGCGCAUGUUGCAACUUCUUGAGCAAAAGCAAGAUAGCAGUCAUAGAGCUGAUCCAAGAAACACUGGAGGGUCACCAGAGGAGCGCCGUGAGCUUGACAACCGUUGAGGAUAUUUACAGAGACAGGCAGGCCUUCAACACUCGCAUGAUCGAAAGUGCAUCAGAUGACAUGGUUAACCUCGGGGUAGAGAUCUUGUCCUACACCAUCCACGAAGUCUAUGACAAUCUGGGCUAUUUGUCAUCUCUGGGCAAGUCACGGAUAGCGGAGAUUCACAGGGAUGCGCGCAUAGGAGAAGCCCUGGCCAGAAGAGAUGCACGAAUUGUGCAGUCACUGGCCCGAGAGAAGCUCGUCGAAGCCCAGCUCACCAACAAGACCCUCAUGGCGCAAGCCGAGCUGGACUUCCUGUGCAAGAAGGAAGAUUAUGAGAAGGAGGUCUAUUCUCAGAGAGCCAUGGCAGAGAAUGCCUACGAACUUCAGGCUGCCAAAGCAAAGCAAAAGAAUAUGAACGAAAAGAUGGAGAUUGAGGUUAUCGACAGGAGGGAAAGGGUCACAUUGGAGGAACAGGAAACCCUCCGCAGAGAGAAGCAACUACAGUCCGCAGUCAAGCAGGUAGCAGACGCAGAAAAGUACAAAACGGAAACAUUGGCUGCAGCGGAGAAGCAGAAAACGAUCCUGGAAGCCGAAGCGGAAGCCGAGGCCAUCAGGCUGAGGGGCGAGGCCGAGGCCUUCCUCGUGCAGAAGAGAGCCGAGGCCGAAGCCUACGUCAUGAACAGGAAAGCCGAAGCUUGGGACGAGUACAGAAAGGCAGCCAUGCUCGGCAUGUACCUCGACACGCUGCCUAGGCUUGUGAGAGAAGUAGGCUCCAACCUCUCCAAAGUGAAAUCGGUGAAGAUGGUCUCCACGGGCGACUCAGCCGUGGGCGCCGUCAAACUGACCAACGAGGUCAUAGACGUGGCAUCCAGCAUACCAAGCCUGGUCAGGGGCAUGACGGGCAUCGACCUGCUGAAGAUAAUGAAAGAAACUCCUCCCCACUGAAGAAAAUCAUGGCGGCAAGACAAAAAUGGUAAAAGGUAAAAUGAUAUAGAUAAAAAGGAAGAGAUUAAACAUCUGGAACCAUUAAACUGUCAUGAAAGAAUCAAACUAUAGACCCGUAAGUCUAUCUUCUUGAUGAGUCUACGACCCUUAAUCAGUCAUAUAAACCAAUUGUGGAAAGUCAAGGUAGACUUAUGUUUAUCACAACGAGUUCCUGAUUAAUGUAUUUCUGUUAUAUUAUAAAAGUUCAGCAAAUUCUAUAUGAUAUAUUGUCUACAGGCAUUAAAUAUAGAAUAAGUUACUAAAUAUAAUGUUAGGCUAUAUGGAUCAGUAAAUAUAUAAAUAAAAAACCACCACCAUUAGAUUUGGCAUAAUUUUAAAAAAAUGAGCACCUCAAUGGAGUCAUUUCCAUCUUACAACUUGUGAUAUACACUUGUUUUAUUAAAACAUUAUAUGGCACUAGAUGAAUAUAACCUUCAAAUGAAAACCUAAUCCUGUAAUGAUGACUGCGUCUAUCUCUCUCUCUCUCUCUCUCUCUCUCUCUCUCUCUCUCUUAAUGGAGUCUCAUAGAUAAACCCUUGACCAUCAAUAUAUAUUUUAAGAAGAACAAUAAUCCUUCAGGACAGGCUUAAAUGAUCUCUAAGUUAAUUAAUAUAGGCCUACAGGAACCUUGAGGAAUACAGGCCUAUAUCCUUUAGCUAACAUUUUCAUAGCAGAUCUAAAAGGAAUAUAGGAUUUGUUAGUUAAUAAACGAUCACAGCAGAACCAAAUGGAAUAUAGGCUUAUCUCAUUAGCUAAUUAAAAAAAAUAAUUGCGGAACCUAAUGGCAUAUAGGCUUAUUUUUAGUUAAUAAGCAUUCACAACAGAACCAAACGGAAUAUAGGCCUAUCUCAUUAGCGGAAUAAAAAAAUAAUUGCGGAACCUAAUGGAAUAUUGUAGGCCUAUUAUUUUUUUAAGUUAAUAAGCAUUCACAGAGGAACCAAAUGGUUUAUAGACCUAUCACGUUAGCUAAUUAAAAGGAAUAUAAUUAGGCCUAUCUGUUAAUAAACGCUAACUUUAACCAUUCAAAAUAUUCGGCUUAAUUCCAAUAACAAUAUCUAAACCUUAACGAAAAUGACCGUAUAAUUAGAGACCUGUCGAUUCAGAUUAAUUAUAAAAUCAACAUCUGGUAUCUUACCUUGUCAUCUAUAGGAGGGCGAAGACGUCUGUUAAUUCACAAAUAAAUAAUUUAUUAUCUUAUUUUCACCACAAAAUAAAAAAAAGUCUUUUAACCGGACACAGAUAAAGGCGAAUUUAUAGUCUACCGGUUCUUUCUGUUUGAAUUCUCCUUCGUCUCUAUGACUGACAAACUAAAUUAGUCUUUUACGUAGUUAAUAUAAUAAAAAACUAGAAGCCAGACAUCAUUUCCUGUAGAAGAAACCAUUAACAUUUAUUAUAUAAGCAUAAUAAUGAUACGUGGUUUAAUAUCAAAUCAAUUUUAAAAAAUUAAAACUAAUAUAGCGUGAUCUUGGUACUUUAUCCCAUACCAAGCGAAUUAGAUAGUUCGGCAGUUAAACCACCGUUUCGUUAAUUUCACCGCUAAAGAAAAUAUUUAAGAAGAGUUACGAAUCGACAAUUUAUUUGCCUUCCUUAAUAAGAAAGUAAUAACAUUUAUUUUACCUUUAAAACCCUUUUGAUUGAACAAUAAACGACAUUUAAACUCAAGAACUUUGUCAAUGUUGCAAACACUGAACCUGGUUUAAACAGCAAACAACUUAUUUCCUGACAAUAUUACUUAUCAAAUACAUAUCAUACAGGAAGGAGGGCGACCUUGAAACAAAGUAAAAGGUUACUAUUCAAAUAAAUGAAUUUGAAUAAAUUUAAAUAAUAUACACAUGCAUUAUAAAGGUAUUAAUUUAUAUUUUGAUGAUGCUCCUUGAUCAUGAAUACCUAGGCCUACUACUGUGGAUCGGUUUGUCAGUGUAUAAUUUUGUAAAAUUUGUGUUUAAUGUAAUAUAUACUUUUAUAUGAAAAAAUUAUUAAUUCUAAUUUUACUAGAAUAUAUAUAUAUAUAUAUAUAUAUAUAUAUAUAUAUAUUUCUAAAUUAGCUUUUUUCCUAGGCUAACCGCGGCUAGGCCAAGGCUAGCUUAUAAAAGCGCGAUCACUGUCUUUAAAUUACUUAUUUAAAAGGAAAGUAGGUUUUGCAAUGCAAGGAAUGUAUAUAUAAUAUAUACUGUAAGGUACAGCACAUAAUUACUUCUAGACCUAAAGAGUGCCAUAAUUGAAAAUCUGAAAUUAAAGUAAGAGAACCAAGAGAUAGGAACUUUAGGUAUUGAAUAUUGGAUAUUGUAUAAGAAAUCAUUUAUUGGUCAAGUUAUGUAACGUCAACUGCCUACGACCAAUUUAACUGAUGUUUUACUAAGGUACCAUUGCCAUACCAAAAUUUUGAGAGUAAAAUUUUCCAUUGAAUUCAAAUUUACAGUCUUUUACUCAUAAUUAGAUCAGUUCAAUUAAGGUGUUUUUUGAAAAUGGAAUAUCCAGCUGUUUGUUUUCUAAUAAUUCCGAUAGAAUGGGAAACCCUCUGUCUCCAGUGCUAAGUAAUUUAUAUAUGGAAUUUUUUGAAAAGGAAAUCUUAAACAAUAUAAUUCCAUGCAAUGUACCUUGGUUUAGAUAUGUUGACGACAUAAUUUGUGUAUGGCCAGAGAACGAGAUGUAAAUAACUUUUUUGCCAGGCUAAAUCAAUUAGUACCAUCAAUUAAAUUUACUAUGGAAAUGGAAAAAGAUGGUUGCCUACCCUUUUUGGAUGUCCUCAUACGGAGAAAUAGUAGUGGGUUUAAAUAUAGUGUUUACAGAAAACCUGCUAAUAAUUCUUCCUAUGUACAUUUCUAUUCUGGACAAAACAAUAAGGUAAAAAGAUCAGUGUUUGCAUCUAUGUUUCUAAGAGCACUACGGGUAUGUAGCCCAGAAUAUGUAGAUGAGGAGAUAGAUAAAAUUCGGAAUACAGGCAAGAAAUUGAAAUAUACAGAUAGUGUACUAAACAAUGCAUUAGAAGCGGCAAAAAAGACCAUGUAUCAAAAUAAAAAAGAACCUUACAACAACAAAAAUUUGCUUGUACUACCUUAUAAUAAUAAUAUGAAAGAUAUCCCACAUCUGAAGAAUUUUGGUGUUAAUGUAGUUUUUAAAAACAAUGAAACAGGUACUUAUUAAGAACUCCCCCGACAAUGUUAAAGGAUGUGUAUAUAAAAUUCCGUGUAAGUCUUGUGACAACUUUUAUAUUGGUCAAACGGGGAAAGCACUAGAAAAAAGAAUAGAACAACAUAAACAAUGUGUGAGAUAUGCACAGGGAAAUAGUGGUAUUUUUGUACAUGUUAGUAAGAACAAUCAUGCUAUUAACUGGGAAGGGGCACAAAAGCUUGUGUGUUCUAAUAAUGCAAUGGAAAGGAAUAUCAUUGAAUCUAGUUUUAUAAAAGAAAGUUACAAUAAUAACAUGAACAUCAGUCAAGGAAUGUAUAAACUUGAUCCUUUAAUAUCAAAAGAAAUUUGUAAACUGUUUAAAUUUUAAGGUAGGCAUUAUUAAUGUACGGAACUAGGAUUAUUAUAUUUGUAAACACAGUAAGGGGGCAGUAGUGGUAAUGAGAUGUCCAACCCCGCCUCCCUGACACCUGUCAGGUGUGGACUGGUUAUCUGUUGGGUACCCUGAUCGGUAGUAUCCCUUGAGAAUUUAUUGUAAAUUUUAGCCAAAUGAUUUUUGAAAGCCACUCCUACCUUGACACCUGCCUGUGGGUGGAUCUGCAGUCUCAAACUGUUGUGCGUAUGUUCGUCAGUACUGUCUCUGUAGUAUAUAUAUUUGUGAAUUCUAAUACUAUGUAUCAGUCCUUUAUCAAUGGCUUGAAAAUAAAGCCGA